ACAGUAGUAAAUCUGUCUUUUCGUAUGAAUUGUAGCAUGAUAAACCAUACAGUCGAAAACAUGGCGAUUGCUAUGAUUCUUCGGAUGUAAAACCAUACAGUCGAAAACAUGCCGAUGUGUACGGAGAACAUCCUGAUACACAUGAAUCGUCAGAUGAGAAGCAUUCCGGCACAGAUGAAGAAUCGUCGGAUGGAGAACAUCCCGAUACACGUGAAGAAUCGUCCGAUGGGAAACAUUAUCCUGAUACAACUGAAGAUUCGUCGGAUCGAACACAUCCCAAUAGAGAUGGAGAAUCGUCGGUUGUAAAAUACGUUCCUGUUACAGAUGAGAAACCGUCCAAUGGAACGCAGUAUCUGAUUAAAGAUGAAGAACCAUUGAUUCAAAAAUAUAAUAAGACAGCAGUCGGACCACCAAAACAAUCAGGCAGCACAAUUAAUAAGUCCACUUCUCUGCUCAUUAUCCAAACUUCAAUCACAAUAUUCUUGUUGGUGGUGUGUUAUCCAUUGGGGUUCGAUAGCCUCUGA